AUGGACUGCCGAUACAAGCUAUGCCUCGCGCAGGUCAAAAGAAAGCAGAAGGAAGAAUGGGUCCUCGUGCUGAAAUACCCCUGCGGAAAGAGAAACCGCUGGCUCUUAUCGACUGGCGGUCCAGGCACAAGCGAGGUAUACCAAAGGUGCUCUACGAAGCGGGAUGACCUGCCUGAUUGCAGCGAAUUCUGGCUAAUUACCAAACUGACGGACGAGGAGGUGUACUAUGACUUUCAACCGGAGUGGAACAUGACUCUGCCUGGUCCAAACAAGUUCUUCAUAGUUCGGUUCCUUGACCGGCUGGCUAGACGGGGACUGGUUGAUGAGUCUGUUAUCAAAAAGUUGAAGCAGGAGGCGUACUAUUCUGACAAGGAGUUGGAUUGUUUUAAACGCAGGUACACUAAUGUUGAUCAGGCAUUUAUUGAAGAGAAUCGCCAUGAAGACAAUGCAUUUUACCCCUACAAAUAA